GAAUUGCAUUUUAUAACAACAGAGAAGAUUCUGCAAGGAUCAUAUUUAAAAGUACUAUUUGCUGAUGCUUCAUUUCUAAUCCUCUAGAAAAAUUUCAGCUAUAGCCCUUGGACUAGAAGCUGAAAUCAUAGAAGCUGUGUAUGAUGCGUUAGGGUAUUGAAGAAAAAUAAUUUUUGAAUUAUAUAUUUGGAAUAUAAGGAAGGAAAGGUGACUGAAAAUGGGGCGGAAGAAAAUACAAAUCACACGCAUAAUGGAUGAAAGGAACCGACAGGUUACUUUUACAAAGAGAAAGUUUGGAUUGAUGAAGAAAGCCUAUGAACUUAGUGUGCUCUGUGACUGUGAAAUAGCGCUCAUCAUUUUCAACAGCUCUAACAAAUUGUUUCAGUAUGCCAGCACUGAUAUGGACAAAGUUCUUCUCAAGUAUACGGAAUAUAACGAGCCCCAUGAAAGCAGAACCAACUCGGAUAUUGUUGAGGCUCUGAACAAGAAGGAACACAGAGGGUGCGACAGCCCAGACCCUGAUACUUCAUAUGUGCUAACUCCACAUACAGAAGAAAAGUAUAAAAAAAUUAAUGAGGAAUUUGAUAAUAUGAUGCGGAAUCAUAAAAUCGCACCUGGCUUACCACCUCAGAACUUCUCGAUGUCUGUCACAGUCCCUGUGAGCAGCCCUAAUGCUUUGUCCUACACUAACCCAGGGAGUUCACUUGUGUCACCUUCUUUGGCAGCCAGCUCCACGUUAGCAGAUUCAAGCAUGCUCUCUCCUCCUCCUGCCACGUUACAUAGAAAUGUAUCCCCAGGAGCUCCUCAGAGACCACCAAGUACUGGCAAUACAAGUAGCAUGUUGAGCACUACAGAUCUCACAGUGCCAAAUGGAGCUGGAAGCAGCCCAGUGGGGAAUGGGUUUGUAAACUCGAGAGCUUCUCCAAAUUUGAUUGGAAAUACCGGUGCAAAUAGUAUAGGCAAAGUCAUGCCUACAAAGUCUCCCCCUCCACCAGGUGGUGGCAAUCUUGGAAUGAACAGUCGAAAGCCAGAUCUUCGAGUCGUCAUUCCCCCUUCAAGCAAGGGGAUGAUGCCUCCACUGUCGGAGGAAGAGGAAUUGGAGUUGAAUACCCAAAGGAUAAGCAGUUCUCAAGCCACUCAGCCCCUUGCUACCCCCGUAGUGUCUGUGACAACCCCAAGCCUGCCUCCGCAGGGACUCGUGUACUCCGCAAUGCCAACAGCCUACAGCACUGAUUACUCACUGACCAGCGCUGACCUGUCGGCCCUGCAAGGCUUCAACUCUCCAGGAAUGCUGUCUCUGGGGCAGGUGUCAGCCUGGCAGCAGCACUCUCUAGGACAAGCAGCCCUCAGCUCUCUUGUUGCUGGAGGGCAGUUAUCUCAGGGUUCAAAUUUAUCCAUUAAUACCAACCAGAACAUCAACAUUAAGUCAGAACCAAUUUCACCUCCCCGGGAUCGAAUGACCCCGUCUGGCUUCCAGCAGCAACAGCAGCAGCAGCAGCAGCAGCAGCAGCAGCCACCACCACUACCGCAACCACCACAGCCCCAGCCCCAGCCCCGGCAGGAAAUGGGACGCUCCCCUGUGGACAGUCUGAGCAGCUCUAGUAGCUCCUAUGAUGGCAGUGACCGUGAGGAUCCGCGGGGUGACUUCCAUUCUCCAGUUGUGCUUGGCCGACCCCCAAACACUGAGGACAGAGAGAGCCCUUCUGUAAAGCGCAUGAGGAUGGACGCAUGGGUGACCUAAGGUUUCCAACUCAUGUUUGUACUAUGUGUUACUGCGGUGAACUGCCCUGCAUAUCUACAUUGGCAAAUAAGGUCAUGAGUUAAACAUAUUUAUAUGUACAUACAUAUAUAUCCCUUGACAUAUAUAUGUAUGUGGUGUGAGUGUGUGUAUGUGUGAGUGUGUGGUGCAUAUACCGAAUCAGGCACUUACCUGCAAACUCCUUGUAGGUCUGCAGAUGUGUGUCCCAUGGCAUACAAAGCACUCUGUAGGCACAGACUAGUCUGGCACUUCCUUGGACUACUUGUUUCAUAAGAUAGCCAAUUUUUGCGAGAAUCAUGUACCCAUAUAGAAUUCUCCCACACUAGCUUGCAGAAACCUAGAGGGCCCCCUACUUGUUUUAUUUAACUGUGCGGUGACUGUAGUGACUUCAGAAAAAUGCUUUGUAGAACAGAGCAGUAGAAAAGCAGGAAUCAAGAAAGCAAUACUGUACAUAAAAUGUCAUUUAUAUUAAUACCCAACCUGGCAUGGGUCUCUGUUGCAAAGGGGUGCAUGGGAAAGGGCUGUUGAUAUUAAAAAACAAACAAACAAAAAAGCCCCACACAUAACUGUUUUGCACGUGCAAAAAUUUAUUGGGUCAAAGAAGUGAUCUUUAGCUAAUAAAGAGAGAAUAGCAAACACGCAUGAGAUAGUCACAAAA